AUGGACGACGGCGCAAGACCGGCGCCCAACCACAAGAGGCACCUCCCACUGCAGGAGGCGGGCGGCGAGCUCGUGGAGCUGCUGUGGCAGGACGGGGCCAUCGUAGCGCAGGCGCAGGCCCAGACGCCGCACCGGCGGUGCCCCCAGAGCGGCGCGGCCAGCGGCGUCACCGCGGAGGAUGCGUCCGCGUGGUUGAUCCCGGACGGCGGCGGCGGCGGCAGGGACCUGUACUCGCACCUCUGGCACGGCGUCGCCGACGGGGACGCGGGCGCGCUCGUGGCGGGGAGCGGCGCCGGGACGAGCUUCUGCGGGAGCAACGCGGUGACGGCGCCGGCGCUGCUGCCGUCGCCGGAGGAGGAGCCGGGCUCGUCCUCGGCGGGAGGCCAAGCGCUACUGUCUAAGAGGGGAAGGGACGAACUGGGUAGCCGCCGCGAGGAUGCCGACGACUGUGAGGCCGUCAAUGAGACCCGGCCGCAGCGGCCGGCGGCAAAGCGAAGGACUCGUGCUGCCGAGGUCCAUAACCAAUCAGAGCGGAAAAGAAGGGAUCGGAUCAACGAAAAGAUGAAAGCAUUGCAAGAACUCGUACCCCAUUGCAACAAGAGCGACAAGGCGUCCAUCCUAGACGAAGCAAUCGAGUACUUAAAGUCUCUGCAACUGCAAGUUCAGAUCAUGUGGAUGGCUACUGGGAUGGCGCCCAUGAUGUACCCUGGUGCUCACCAACUCAUGCCGCCGAUGGCCAUGGGCUUGAACUCAGCGUGCAUGCCCGCGGCGCAGAGCCUUAGCCAGCUGCAAAGAGUAGCACCGUUUAUGAACCAUCAUCUCCCAAAUCAAAUGCCUAGGGUCCAAUCUCCAGCUAUGGAUUCCCUCAAUGUGGGAAACAAUGGUGUCUGUGGUGAGCCAAGAAACCCUUUCCUGCAUCCAGGCAACACACUAACAGCAGCAUCUCAGCUGCCUGAUAUGUUUCCCUAUGCAUCUCAAAAGGCACAACAAAACCAGAAUCAUCAGUUACUGCCUAACACUGACAUGCCAGCUUCAGGACCCUGCCCGCCAUCUUUUGCUGACGGAACUGGAACAUAA